UUUUGUGGCAAUCAUGAUCAUCACAUUUGCCUUAACUUUUGGCCACUGUCUCUCACCAAGAUGAGCACCCACCCUUCCUCCUUUACCUUGGGCCCCGAACGGCGAGUCCGGAGCACGUUGAAGAAGGUCUUUGGGUUUGACUCUUUUAAGACACCUUUACAGGAGAGUGCGACCAUGGCUGUAGUGAAAGGUGACAAGGAUGUCUUUGUGUGCAUGCCCACAGGGGCAGGAAAGUCCCUCUGCUAUCAGCUCCCUGCCUUAUUGGCCAAAGGCAUCACCAUCGUCAUUUCUCCUCUCAUUGCUCUGAUUCAGGACCAGGUGGACCACUUGCUGGCCCUGAAGGUCCCUGUGGGCUCCCUGAACUCAAAACUCUCGGCGCAGGAGAAGAAGGAGCUGCUCUCUGACCUGGAACAAGAAAAGCCCCAGACCAGACUUCUGUACAUCACCCCUGAGAUGGCCGCGUCCUCCUCCUUCCAGCCCACCCUCAACUCCCUCCUUUCCCGCCACCUGCUCUCCUACUUGGUAGUGGAUGAAGCGCACUGUGUUUCCCAGUGGGGGCAUGACUUCCGUCCUGACUACUUGCGUCUGGGCGCCCUGCGCUCCCGCCUGUCACACACCCCAUGUGUGGCUCUGACCGCCACAGCCACCCCACAGGUCCAGGAGGAUGUGUUUGCUGCCCUGCACCUGAAGCCUCCAGUAGCCACUUUUAAGACUCCCUGCUUCCGGGCCAACCUCUUCUAUGAUGUGCAGUUCAAGGAAUUGCUCUCUGACCCGUACGAGAACCUAAAGGACUUCUGCCUUAAGGCUCUCGGGCAAAAGGCUGAUAAAGGGUUUUCAGGCUGCGGCAUAGUGUACUGCAGAACCAGAGAGGCUUGCGAACAGCUGGCAAUGGAGCUCAGCUACCGGGGUGUGAAUGCCAAGGCUUACCACGCAGGGCUGAAGGCUCCUGAGAGAACACUGAUCCAGAAUGAGUGGAUGGAGGAGAAGGUCCCUGUGAUUGUUGCCACCAUUAGUUUUGGAAUGGGAGUGGACAAAGCCAAUGUCAGGUUUGUUGCCCACUGGAAUAUUGCCAAGUCUAUGGCAGGGUACUACCAGGAGUCUGGCCGAGCUGGCAGGGAUGGAAAGCCUUCUUGGUGCCGUCUCUAUUACUCCAGGAAUGACCGGGACCAAGUCAGCUUCCUGAUCAGGAAGGAAGUAGCAAAACUCCAGGAAAAGAGGGGGAACAAAGCGUCUGAUAAAGCUGCUGUCUCAGCCUUUGAUGCCCUGGUGACCUUCUGUGAAGAACUGGGGUGCCGCCACGCAGCCAUUGCCAAGUACUUCGGUGAUGCGCCCCCCACCUGCACCAGAGGCUGUGACCACUGCCAGGACCCCGCAGCCGUGCGGAGGCUGCUGGAUGCCGUGGAACGCAGCAGCAGCUGGAGCAAGACCUGCAUUGGGCCCUCCCAGGGGAAUGGCUUUGACCCUGAGCUGUAUGAGGGAGGCCGCAGGGGCUAUGGAGGCUUUAGCAGGUAUGACGAGGGCUCUGGAGGCAGCGGGGACGAGGGCCGAGAUGAGGCCCACAAGAGGGAAUGGAGUCUCUUCUACCGGAAGCAGAUGAUGCUGCGAAAGGGCAAAGACCCCCAGGUAGAAGAAUUCAUACCCCCAGAUGACGACUGUCCCCUGAAAGAGGCUUCUAGCAGGAAGAUCCCCAAGCUCACUGUGAAGGCCCGAGAGCACUGCCUGCGGCUCCUGGAGGAGGCGCUGAAUGGUAACUGUCAGGCUGCAGGCACCACAGAGAGAGCUGACCUCCGGGCCAAGGCUGUGGAGCUGGAACAUGGAAUAUUCCAGAACACCAGGGUGGCCAACCUGUACAAGGCUAGCGUCCUGAAGAAGGUGGCUGAGAUCCAUAGAGCCUCCAAGGAUGGCCAGCUUUACUCCAGCAUGGGAGGUGGGGCCAAGAGCUGCAGUGCCCAGGCUGGGGCCCCAGAGCCCAGUGAAUACGACACCCUGCCGGCCUCCCAGGUGUACUCGCCCAAACCCAAGCGAGUGGGAGCUGGCUUCCCUAAAGGCUCCUGCCUGUUCCAGACAGCCACCGAGCUGCUGGAGAGGACUCGGGCCGAGGUGCCAGUCCCCCAGCCUGUGCAGGGAGGCCAGCAGGAGCCCCCUGGGCAGCCGCACGGCCUCCUGGAUGAGCCCAGAGGAGCAGCCCCUGCAGUGAGUGCUGAGAGGGGGCGGCCCUCCCCCGAGAAGAAGGCCAAAGACUCCUCCAAGGGCAGCCCCUUGGCCAAAGCCCCCGCCAAGAGGAAGCAGCAGCUCCUGGCCGAGGCAGCCCACAAGGACUCUCAGAACAUCAUGCGCUUCUGCAAGAGGGUGGAGAGCCCACCAGGCCCCCCACCAGCCCCAGAGAAGUGCCCAGGGGACGAGGGAGCCCCUGGGCAUUUGGCCACCCCUCCGCACACUGAGGAGCCUGCCAGCGAGGGGCCAAGGGCCCACCGAAAUGGUGACCAGGUGCCCCCCGGAGCCCUGCCCACACCUGCACAGGAGACCCAGAGGGGCAAGCGGCCCAGACCCCAGCAGGAGGACCCAGAGGGCCUGGCUCGGAAGAGGCCUUGCUCCUCAGCCCAGCCCUGUGUCACUGCUGAGGCCGUGGGCAGCGUCUCAGCCCAGGACCUGGAUGCCUUUCCCUCCACGGCCCGUGGCCCCUGCCAGCUCCCAGUGCCCCGCGUCCCCCUGAAGGAGGCCGCCAGCAUUGUGGUCAAGUGUCUCACUCCUCUCUACAAGCAGGGCAAGUUUGCGUCCAAGGAGCUGUUCAAAGGCUUCGCCCGCCACCUUUCACACCUGCUGACCCAGGAGGCCUCCCCAGGAGGGAGCUUGACAGAAGAGGCCCACCACCUCAUCAGGCAGUUCUUCCACGGCCGGACCCGGUGUGAAAGUGAUGCUGACUGGCAGGACCUGCGGGGCCCUCAGCGAUGA